GACGUAUUCAUCAUUGUCAAUUUCACGUUGAUAGCUUGUGGUGGCGUGCGCACGUGUUUACAAUAGAAUAAACUAUUGAAAUAAAUAAAAUAUAGCAAAAUGGGCAAAAUUAAACAGGAGCCCGUAGAACAGGAAGAGCAGGGAGACGUCAGCAUUAAGAAUGAGCCACAAAGUUACGACGAGAAGGUAGACCACUGCAGCGUGAUCGCGAAGCCGAUGGCGCCGAAGAAACUCAGCAAAAAGAUCUAUAAACUAAUCAAAAAGUCUACUUCACACAAAAACUACAUUAGAAAUGGUCUGAAAAUCGUACAAAAACAACUUCGGUUGGGAGAAAAAGGCCUGGUCUUCUUUGCCGGAGACAUAUCCCCGAUCGAGAUCAUGUGUCACUUACCCGCUGUCUGCGAGGAGAAAGACAUCCCGUACUGCUACACGCCAAGCCGCAAAGACAUUGGCGCAGCUAUGGGUACCAUGCGAGGUUGUGUUAUGGUCUUAGUAAAGGAACACGAGGAUUAUAAAGAUUUGUUCGAUGAAGUUAGAGGGGAAAUUAAGCUGUUAGGACAUCCUAUCUAGGUUUAAAAAGGACUAUACGUGUAGGGGUUUGUUCUGAAAUGUAUCUUGGUAUACUGACUAGCGUUUGUGAUGUCAUGAAUUUAAGCCAUCAUAUCAUACUAGUUAGCCCUAUGUUCAUCGACAACAUAAAUAUCAGUUUUCUUAAAACAAGGAUUUACUUUAUCUAUAUAUAUAAAAAUGAAACCCGCUUUCCGUUGUCACAACAUAACAUGAAAACGGCUUGAUUGAUUUGGCUAAAAAUUAGAGGGGAGGUAACUUAGAUCCGGGAUAGUUUUUGUCACCAUCCAGCUACGGGACGCGGGCGAAACUGCGGGCGAAAGCUUGUCAAUCAUAAAAAUGCAUAGAAAAUACUUGUUUUAAGAAAAUGGAUGUAUAUGAUGUCAGUGGACUUACACCUAAGAUAAGAAUGAUAUUCAUGUUAUGACAUACAUAUGGACAGAAACAUGAUUCUCAAUGAAGUGUUAAUUUAUGAUGUUACUAGCGCUGGUCCAUUUACUGGGAUAGAUUUCAGAACACAGCUAGCUAAGAUAUUAUGUAGUUUAACACUUUCGAUGCCCAGCACCCGGGAUUCGAGUCGUCGCUAUGUGUAGCUAUAGAUGCAUGUGCUCAUGCCCAGGACCCGAAUAGCGAGUCCAUAGCUAAGUAAGCUGUAAGGGUUGUCAAAAGUAAAUAAAUGAAAUCAAUUGAAAAAACAUCGCUUUAGUUUAUAACGGAUUAGAAAACGUAAAUUGGUAUUAUUCCAUCCAGAUCCCAUACCUGAGUAAGACCUUUAAUCGUUUGCCGAAAACUUUUUUUAAAGUUAAAACAAAAGUGCAUCUAUCGCCUUUUGUGCAAUAACGAGAUUUAUGGUUCUUUAUCUCUGGCCC